AGUUAGAACUUUGGUCCGCCUGACCAACAUCAGUCAGCGGCAGAUACAGCAUUUUGCAGCAGUACAUUGUGUUCAGUACAACCUCCUUCGGUAACAGGAAUUCCUCAGAAUUUAAGAUUGGAUCUCAGGGAGAUUUUAAUUUUCAAAGAGUUUCAAGCAAACAAAUCAAUCUGGGGGGGAAAAAAAAGAGUCAUUUGCUCAUUUUCAUUGGGUUCUUUUAUUAGUUAUCUUUGAGGCAGUUAUGAUGAAUCUACAAUGUAAAGUCAAAUUGGUUGGUGUGCUUGGUUUAUGCUGCUUCAUCGUAUUUGUGGUGUCAAUUGUUAAAGAUCUUUUUAAGAAGCUAGUUGAUGACCAGAUCAAAGAGCAAAUGGUGCUAAAGUUUUCAAAACCCGAUGAGGUUUAUCAGAACUGGAAGGAACCGCCCAUUCCAGUGUACAUUCAGUUCUUUUUUUUCCACAUUGAAAACCGACUAGAAGUACUUCAGGGUGAAAGACCCUAUGUGAGACAAAUUGGACCGUACACAUACAAAGAGCUCAGACCCAGGGUUAAUAUUUCAUUGUUUGAAAAUGCAACUAUAUCAGCUUCGACAUCCAGGACCUAUAUACUUGACCUGACAAUGUCAGUAGGAGACCCCAAAAAAGACAGGAUUACAACAAUCAACAUCCCUUUUGUUACUCUACUACAAAUGCUAAAGUACACUGGACCAUCUGAACAUGUCAUUGCAUCAUUGAUCUCUAUCUUAAAGAGUGAGAUGCUCUUUCAGACUCGCACUGUGGAUGAAUUACUAUGGGGUUAUGAGGAUCCAUUGCUGAAGCUUGGCCACAAAUUCUUCCCAAGCAUUAUCCCACACAGCCGAUUUGGACUUUUUUACGGAGUGAAUGGAACAAGUGAUGGAGAGUAUUUAUUCAACACUGGCAAAAAUGAUUACAUGAAAUUUACCAAAAUAAUAUUAUGGAAAGGACAGAAAUCCCUAAACUGGUGGACAUCAGAUACAUGUAAUAUGAUAAAUGGGACAGAUGGAGGAUCCUUCCACCCACUGCUGAGCAAAAGCAAAAUUCUCUAUUUAUUUACAUCUGAUAUUUGCAGAUCUAUGUACGCAGUGUUUGAAAAGGAGCUGGAAGUUCAAGGGAUCCGUGCUUAUCGAUUUAUUAUUCCUAAAGAGAUUUUUGCAAAUGCCACCGAAAAUCCUGAUAAUAAAGGGUUCUGCACACCACCAGGGAACUGCCAGCCAGGAGGUGUGCAGAAUGUCAGCAUCUGCAAACAAGGAGCUCCUAUUUUCAUUUCAUCUCCUCAUUUUUAUAAUGGGGACCAGAAGCUGGUAGAGGACAUAGAUGGAUUGAACCCCAGUAAGGAAGCUCACCAGACCUUUCUUGAUAUAGAGCCGAGGACUGGAAUACCUGUCAGAAUAGCUAAAAGACUUCAACUCAAUAUUCAUGUCGAGACUGUGCCGAACAUUGUCCAAACCGGUAAAAUUAGAACAAUGUUUUUACCAGUUUUGUUUUUAAAUGAGAGCGCCUUAAUUGAUGACAAUUCAGCAACAAGACUUAAAACCAAAAUUCAUGAAAUGAAUAUCCUGCUCAGUGUUCCUUAUAUUAUCCUGUCGAUAGGAGGACUACUUUGUCUGAUUUGCAUUAUCCUUUUCUUUGUCGCAGUCAGAUGCAACAGGAGUGAGGAAUCCAUACCAAUACUUUCAAAACUGAAAGAGACAAACUGAUACAAAAGAGGUGUUUCAGACACAGGCAUUGCUUUCGUAAACCAUAUUUUAUUAAUUUUCUCUCUUCAUCUGUGGUUGUCCGGAAUAGCCAUACAGUGUAACAAGUAAUAACAAAGCUCUCUGCGAUCUAAAAUUACUAAACGAUUUGUGUUGCCAGCAAUAUUAAAAUAUAAUUCUUAUCAUUUUUGAAUAAGACUUUUCUAGUCAAUGAUACAUCAGGUAAAGUCAUCUUUCAAAUGUACCAGUAGUGGGAGGGAGUAGGGGAGGCAACCCAGCUACCAAGAAGUACAAUCCAGUCAAGGCUGAAAAAUAAUAUUGCGAUCAUUGUGACUACAGUGUUGCAAAACAUUGGCAAGAUAAUCAAAAUGUUUAUUUUUUUAUUUGAAUCAUUCCUUGUAAAUUCACCUUAUUCUCACUGAUGCCCCAUGGUGCAAGUUAUUUUCGAUUUAUGUUUGUGUUUUUAAAAUAAAUUAUUUAUCAUUA